AUGCCUCGAACACUAUUGCUUUGUUUCUUACAUGGGUUUAAGGGGGACGAUGACACAUUUCGGACGUUCCCGAGUGACUUGCAGCAACGAGUAGCCACUAAACUCCCGGAUCACAAUGUCGAGUCGAUAGUAUAUCCGAAAUAUGAGACGAGAGGAGAGCUAGCACCGUGUUGCUCGUCCUUCUUAUCAUGGCUGAAGGAAAAGGUAAUGAAUAUUCGGAAAGCUCAAUCUGAAACCCCUUGGCCGCCCCAUGAUAGAGAUGUAGGGGUUAUCUUAGUUGCACAUUCUAUGGGGGGUUUUGUCGCUUCGGACACCCUUUUCCUUGUUCUAAAUGAGCGGAUCGCACACGGACAAGAAGGGUCACCAAUUUUCCCUCUAAUUCAGGGGAUUCUAACCUUCGACACUCCGUUCAAUGGCCUAGCGCGAUCUAUGUUUGUCUACGGUGCUUUCUCAAAUUACCAGAAAGUAAGCACUGUAUUUAACGUAAUGACGGCCCUCUCAGCAGCACCGUCAGCUCUCGGAAAGUCCGCCUUUAAGAAGACAGCGACGCGUGUCUCGUCCACCAAGCCAUCCAAUCCAGCAUGGAAAGGCUGGCAACUCAUUGCCGUGCGCACCGGUACGGUCGGUGCCAUUGCAGCUGGGGGCGUUGCUGCUUAUGUGCACCGCCAGAAGAUUAUGGAUGGGAUGCGCAGCAUGCGAAACCUCAACAAAGAUUCGGUUAAGGAGGGAUAUCAACAGAGUAUGGAUACGCUCAGCCAGGGACUUGCAUAUAUCAACCGUGGCAACGUAGGAAAGUCAUUUGAAUACCUUUCUGACCAUUUUACCUUUGUCGGUACACUUAUGAAGCAGCAAGAACUAGCUCGGAGACUCGAACGUAUAGCUGCACUUCAGGGAAUUGGCAUCCAUGAUUUCUUCACAUCGCUAGGGGAGAAUGGAAUGUGGAGUGGAGGAUACUUCGUACCCGAAAGGACAUUUUGUGCCAUACCAGUGAAAGAUCAUCAGGCACACCAUAUUUUCUCACGGCAAGUCAUUAAGAAGACAGAGGACGAAGUCCAAGCACAUAUGAGCAUGUUCAUCAGAGAUAAGAACCAACAGUACGACCAGAUGACGGAGGAGGCUAGCAAUCUCGUGAUUCGUUGGUUCAACGACGACUCUGAUAUCGUGGACGAUCCUAAGUUUGCUAUGCCUACACCACCAGAGACUAUUGAGCAGCCUGUCGCUACGAUGGAGGAUGGCCAGGAAGUUCCAAAGAUAGACGGUAUUGCAGAAGAUACCGAAUCAACGCUGAACGAAAUCGAAGAGCAAGAUGGUAGUGAUUUUCCCGAUGCAUCUCCGCUGGACAUUACUGCCGCCGCAUCUGCCAUCCCACUACCGGAUAGCGAUGAGGAAGCUCCCCAAGACAACGAAGCUAAACAAGCGAGAAAAGGCACAUACAUGCGAUAUCUCAUGCAAGUGGCACAGCAGGCAGGAACCGGGGUUAAGUCUUAUGUACCAACUAGAAUGCCCGAGAUGCCUCAAAUCCCGUCGGGGUCUAGUCUCAAAUCCUAUCUCCCAACGCAAAUGCCACAGAUACCGAGCAUACCGAACCCAUCUGUCAGCGUUUUCAGUAAAAGAAAGGAACCAGCGGCUUCUGAAAAAGAUAACAUGAUGGGGGUGUCAGAGCCCGAGGUUACGAUAGAAUCUACCAGUGAAAGGAAGAGGGCAGAUAGUGGCGUACACCUUACUUCAGAACCAACCGGGUCUACUGAGCUUCGUCGCGAUCCUACUACGAUGGAUCAAUCUACCAUAUCCACAGCAAAAUAAGGGGUAGGG